AUGUGGGACUCCCUUUCCUUUGCUUGGAUUGGCUUGGGAGUGCUUGGCCAGAUAUUGUACAAACAGGAGUCCCCCAAGUUCUCGAUUAAGGAGCAUUGGUGCAGAGUUGUUGAGUCAGUACCCGCUGAUCACCGAAGCAGUUGGCAUUGGUGCCGGAAGCUUAGAGGAUUCUUCAUGUGCCGUUCGGCAGGUAGCUUUGGCGCCAGAAGUUUAGAGGAUUCUCCAUUAGGUAGUUUUGAGAAUAUGCGCUUUUCCUUCAUCGGGUGCCGUUCGGCAGGUAGCCUUGGCAUAGAAAUGAAGAGAUAUCUCAUGGGAGGUGCCGUUCAGCAUGUGGCUUUGAGAAGAGGCGCUGGAGAAGUGUCACCCGUGGGGUGCCGUUCGGCAACGCAAGAGCUGGAAGAUGCCGUUGGAGCUUUGGGAGCUGUUCUUCGAAAGCUGAUGUCAAAAGCUUGGGAGUUGCUGCCGAAAGCUUGGGAGUUGAUGCUGUUAUUCUUCAUGAGGUGCCAGCAGGCGCUGGAGAAGUGUCACCCGUGGGGUGCCGUUCGGCAACACAAGAGCUGGAAGAUGUCGUUGGAGCUUUGGAGCUGCCGUAAGCUUGGGAAGCUUAGGAGGCCUACUGCCGUAAGCUUUGGGCUGAAGGCAAACGCCGAAUCAUUAGGGGGAUGUGAAGACAUCGCACGCGCCAAAUGA